AUGGCAUUCGGAAGUGAAUCGGACGACAAGGCCUUUGUCGGUGAGAGGUGGCCGCUGCAAGGGCUGCUGCGGGUCAAGAGUAGGGGGCUGCUUCGGUGCGGGAGACGGGGAGAAGGGGUGCUGUCACACUCGCGGCGAACGCACGCGCAGUGUGCCGUCGACCUCCACGCUUACGUUACCGCACUCCGGCGACCAGCUACCGCGGCAGCGCGAAACCGACACGAACAAGAAACGAUGCCGACCGACGAGAGGAGAAGCAGGUCGGGGGUGGGCGCGUGGAUCUUUCGCUGGUGGAGGGCGCUGUUGAGCGAGACGGUCGCUACGGCUCUGCUGAUUGCCUUGGGCGUGGCAACGAUGCUUCCAGCCAACGCACCCCUUUCCCACCCGGCGCUAGCUUUCGGUUUUGUCGUGAUGGCGAACAUCGAAGCUUUCGGUGCUGCCUCCGGGGCGCAUAUGAACCCGGCAGUCACGCUCGCAGCAGCGCUAGAUGGACGCAUCGAGUGGAUUGCAGCAGGGGCCUACGCUUUAGCGCAGACCCUCGGCGCCACGCUGGGUUUCGCCGCACUUAUGGCAAUCUCGCCCCAAUCCUUCCCCACUGGGGGUACCGCGCCGGGGACCGUAGGGCCUGUGGCGGCGGCCAUUGUCGAAGCUCUGCUGACGGGCGCUCUGGCUCUUCUCGCAUGCGGCAUCUGGCACGCGGAGGAUUCUGGUCGCGUUGACCCGACGGCUUCAAUCAAGUUUGGUCUCACCGUCGCCGGUCUUAUUUAUGCUGGGGGCCCGUUAACUGGAGCCAGUUUGAAUCCCGCGCGUAGCUUCGCGCCCGCUCUGCUUCAAGGCUUCACCGCCGACCACUGGGUGUACUGGGUUGGUCCUUUGGGAGGUGCAGCCAUAGCCACAUUGGUGCAUCGCCAUCUAGUGCGUCCCUCCGCCGCGCAGCGCACCCCCGCCGCUGCAGUCACAGCUGAAACUCUCCCCCUCCACGACAAGCAACUCGACCAUUGA